ACCGCCGUGUGAUACCGCCCUUUAUAGAGAUUCUUUGGCUUAAGUACAUAAUCACAUAUCUAAUCGAACUUGAUUCAUGGUACCUGUAUCAGAGGACAGAGGGAUUCUUCUUGGAAAAUACCUACUAAAUUAAAAUAACACGCUUAAUAACGUUCAUUAGAGAUACUAAAUUAAUGUAAUUUAAUACAUACAUAAAUUAAUAAAAAUACAUAAAUUUCAAAGGAGGUUUGAAUAAAAAACUCCUGCAACUAGUAAAGAAGGUUCUAUACUCAAACCUCCGAAAAUACUGUUGUAAAUUUAUAAAAAAACGCAUUGAUUCUUGUUCGCCCAUCGGACGAAAGAGUUUUUAGUACCAGUAAUUUUCUCCGGAAAAGUUUAGAAUGCUACCAGUUAAUGGUUCCAAAAAGAAAACGCCAGCAAGUGGCGUAAAGGUGAAACCUCAUAGGAAGUCUUCUCCGACAUUCCCUCUUAAUCAUAGUACGUUGUAACUUUUUUUUGGUACAUCAUUUUGUACCCAUUGUGACAAAAUGAAAAGGGGAAACGAUCAUACGUUUUGCUGUGUACCAGGGUGUAAUUCACGAGCUCAGAAAGAACCUCAUUUAAGUUUCCAUCGUUUUCCUGCUUCGAGGUGUUUAAGACAAGAUGACGAUGCGAUAAGGCGAAGAGCGAAAUGGAUUUGUGCUCUUCGGAAAAAGAAUGUUACUGACUUCAUGAAAGUAUGUUCCAAACAUUUCCAGAAAACAGACUACAUUUUACCUGAUUCUGCAACAAAAAGACCACACUUAAAAAGGACUGCUGUUCCAAGUUUGAAUUUACCUACUGAUAAUGAGCAAAGUAUUAGUAAAAUAAGGAAAAGUACUGAUCAAAGGCAUGGAUUCUGGCCAUCUUACCAGAUUUAAACUGAUGAUCUAUAAUCCGGAAAAAUCGAUAAUCGGAAUCGGCGAAGACCCGACGAGUCCGGAUUAUAUUGACUUUUGACUGUAUUAGCAUCAAGUACUGGUUAGUAUAUAAUGUCCUUUUCCAAGUAGACAUGGCAGCUUCUGUUAUGCUAAGGGCUUUUUUUUUCAUGAGAAAUAC